AUGUCGUCUGAUGAUGCCUAUUCUUCAUUCCUUGAGAGCGCUAACGCCGACCCGUCCGCCACCGUCAAGUCAACGUCAACUACCCAGUCAUUUCAUACCACUCAAUCUGUUGGGGAAAACCAGCAGGUUCCUCAAGUGCUAAAAAAUGUGGAGAUGUACUAUGUAUCUGAUGCAGAUGAGGAAUUUGAGCCAGUGACAUUGCAGUGGGAUAAAGCCAUGGAAGGGAAAUGGCCAACAACAGAUGACUUCCAGUCUUUGAUUUUACUCGGGAAAAACAAACCUAGUGUGGAAAUUUCAACCCUCCCUGAGACCUCUUUUGACCCGCGUAAGCAAUAUGAAGCUGUCUACGACGCCAUCCGAACUGCGGUUACAGGCUCGGAAGCCAAAGGUACGUCGGAACCAGAGCUGAAGGUAUAUAGGGUUCAACACAGUGAUACCCGGAUGGAAUACUGGGUCAUGGGCUUAGAUAAGAAGGAACAUCGUCUUCUGGGAAUGAAGGCACGGGCCAUAGAGAGUUAA